AUGUCGGAUUUUGCUAAAGACGCAUGGCGAAAAUAUCUGAUUCAGCUCCAAGCUCACCCUUUACGAACCAAGGCGAUCACUGCUGGGGUUUUGGCAGGUUGUAGUGAUGCCAUAGCUCAGAAGAUCUCUGGUGUUAAACGGAUUCAGUUCCGGAGAUUGCUUCUCCUUAUGUUGUAUGGGUUGUGUUAUGGUGGGCCAUUUGGUCACUUUUUCCACAAAUUGAUGGAUGCUAUUUUCAAAGGGUCUAAGAAGGACAAUACAACAGUCGCCAAAAAGGUUUUGUUGGAACAACUUACAUCUUCUCCUUGGAACAAUUUUCUUUUCAUGUCUUACUAUGGUGUAGUUGUGGAAGGGAGGCCAUGGAAGCUAGUGAAGCAAAAACUUGGGAAAGAUUACUCAACCAUCCAGUUAACUGCAUGGAAGUUUUGGCCUGUUGUGGGAUGGAUUAAUUAUCAGUAUGUUCCUCUGCAAUUCCGUGUCUUGUUCAGCAGCUUCGUUGCUUCUUGCUGGAGCAUUUUCCUGAACCUUAAAGCGCGAUCUGCAGUGAUCAAGAACGCCUAG